UUUUCUAUCUAUAUAUCCUUGAAGUUUGAGAGAGAACCCUCUUGGUGUGCUUUUAAUCUAGACUCUGCUAAUACUCGUUCCUAGAUAGAUUUCCUUGGAUUAUUCUCUCAUCAGUUUUCUACACCCUUCAAGAAGAGAGAGAGAGAGAGAGAGAGAGAGAGAGAGAGAUGGCAUCUACGACGUCCCAGGCCAUGCUCAACCAGCAGCAGGGCUUGUUUGAGAAUGAAGAGGGUUCUAAUGCACAGAUGGGUUUCUUUUCAAUCCCACCAAACUUGAACUUUUCUUCACUGGGAUCUCUCAAAGCCUUCGGUUCUUCUAGCAUACCUCCAAGCACCAAUCUCUCUGAAACCCUACUACCAUCACUCACUCCUCUAAAGCAUAGAGAAGAUCAUAACAUCACUACUAGUUCUGAUUUUGGAGGAUCCCAACUCCUUUCUUUGCAAAGAUCUACUGCAAAUCUCUGGGCAUGGGGAGAGGUGAGCGAUGAUCAUGAGUGCCUAAGCAGCAAGAGAUCAAACGGUGGAGAUGAUCGCCAUCAUCACCAUAUGGGAGUUUCAGCAAUGAAGAUGAAGAAGAUGAAGGCAAUUAGGAGGAAGGUGAGGGAGCCUAGGUUUUGCUUCAAAACCAUGAGUGAGGUUGAUGUGCUUGAUGAUGGAUACAAGUGGAGGAAGUACGGACAGAAAGUGGUAAAGAACACACAGCAUCCCAGGAGCUAUUAUCGUUGCACGAUGGACAACUGCCGGGUAAAGAAAAGAGUGGAGCGAUUAGCCGAGGACCCGAGGAUGGUGAUCACAACCUACGAAGGGCGGCACGUGCAUUCUCCAUCGCACGAUCUUGAUCAAGAUUCACAGCAAGCUUCAUCUCACCUAAAUAACUUCUUCUGGUAGACCAUUCUGUAUAUUAUAAUUCUGUAUCAUUUAGCUGCACUGUGGUUGUGUAUGCAUGUCUUUGGCAGUGUUUGGAUGGAUAUAUAGGAUAAUAAGCAUGAUGCAUGGGCUUGAUUGCCCGUUUUUGUUGAUCAGCCUAGCCUCCUGCUUUCGCUAAUAUAUAAAAUGCCUAAUGAAUAAAGCAAUU